AUGCUGCAAAAAGGAAGAUGGCCAAGCAAGCCUAAAGUACAAAUCAGCAACCGUAAGGCUUUGAAUGCUCUGAGCCACGUACUGUCAGCGCAGAACGGAUAUCUGUGUUUUGACCACAGAAUCGUCGUGUCAACCUCACUUCAAGAAGCAGUUUUGAAGCCCCUGCAUGAAGGACAUCCAGGAAUGACCAGAAUGAAGGUGCUCGCCCGAGGAUAUGUGUACUGGACGAAAAUCAACAAAGACAUCGAAGAAGCUGUACGCCACUCCCGCAACUGUCAAGAAGCUGCGAAGAUGCCUAAAAAGACAUCUCUCAAUUCUUGGAUCACUGAGAAGAAACAGUAA